GAAAGAAUUUCAAACCAGCCAAACCCUAAAGGGUCCCUCCAAAACAAACCCACAUACACGCACUCUCUCUCUCUUUCCCUCUAUAGUGUUGUUGUUGUUGUUGGGUACUUGGGUUUUCAGUUCCUAGGAUUCUUAUCUGCAGCCCUGCACUCUUGUCUACCAUGAGAGGAUAGAAUGAAUGAUAGAGCUGUAUGGAUUGGAGGACCGUGGCUAAUUGCUUGAAGGUCACCUUCAUUUCUAUUAUUAGUUGCAGGUGUAAGUGUCUAAUUUAUUUUCACUACAAAAAGUAAACAUUUUCUUAGGGGGAACCGGAGAAGAACAGGGGAAAAUCGAUAUAAGGAAGCAGUGAAGGGAGCAUACAAUAAAAAGAUAGGGUAAACAGUAUGGGAAAGGUUUCUCCAAAGGAUGAGAACUCCAUGACUCCGAAGCAGAAGAGGCGACUGAGGAAAUCGAGUAACAAAUAUGUAAAGCGUGGUUCUCGUUCUCAGCUUCGUUACAGCAGGGCUACCUCUGCCAAGUCUUGUACGGAUCUUGGCAAGAAAAGGGUUGUUGUAUUGGACUCCAAUGAGACCAAGAGUGAGUCGGUGCUGAACAACAAGUUCGUCCUUCAAAGCCCUCCGAUUUUGUCACCAGAAAGGAUUACUUUCCGCCCGGCUGGGGGAGCAUUGGAUUCGAUUAGACAGAAUAGUUUGCCAAAAACACCGAAGACUCCUCAGGAUAAACACUGGGAGUCAGAGUCGAGGCUUGAAUCUCUUCCUAUGGAUUUACUGGUUAAAAUCCUUUGUCACUUGCACCAUGACGAACUGGAAGCUGUUUUCUAUGUCUCUCAAAAGCUUAGAAAGGCUGUUGACCUUGCUAUGAAUUGCCAUUUCAAUUACACAACUCCUGAUCGGUCACGGCAAGAGAUGUUGAAUAUGAAAACUCCCCUCCCAACAGAACGUUGGCCUUUUAUGAGCAAGAGAGAUGGGAAGCAAAUCUGUCCUCACACCCCAAAAGCACCUAGACAUGGUGCUCGCCCUCCUUCUCGUCUCAAUAUCACUGAGAUGCGGAAAUUUUCUGCUGUACUCUUCCCAGAGUCUGCUUUCCCUUCAAGAUGUGUAGUGCUGCCUGGCUUGCCAAAGCCUCCAUGCAAAUCUUUGGCUUCCAAUCGAGCUUUAUUCUGUGAAGAUGAUUUGUGCCAGGCUGUUGCUCAGAAUAAACUACGCUGAUUCCUUUGCUGUUCCCUACUCGCUUUUGUUUGUAUAUGUAUAUAGUCUCCUCCCACUCUGUAGGGGUAGUAAGUAGUGAAGCAGUUUUGUAGUUUGCCAUGGCUGUAUUAGGUUUUCUAGUGGAAGUUGAUAGAUUAUAGUUUACAGUGUCAAGCUAUGAGUAUUAGACAUAUUGGUUACCUGUAUAGUGCUCUAUAUAUAUUGCAAGUUGUGUUAUACCUCUGGAGUUCUCUUGUAAUAGGUCUUUCAUAUAAUUCUUGCUAUUCUUUUUGGUUUGCUGUAAGCUGGGAGAACUCUUGUAAUAGUUCUUUCAACUAAUUGGUGCCAUCUGCAGCUUUGAGUGCUA